AGCAGAAGCUGUCGAGAGCGCAUCCAGAGUAAAUGAUACCGAGUAUAACUCUAUAUUCGAUCUCUGACCCGCAUUCCUUCAAUACAAACAACAAUUUUACACUGUGAUUUUUGAAGAAAAAAAAAUUUGAAAAAAUAUAUAUAGAAAAGAAAUAUAUAUAUACAUACAUAUGUAUAUUUUCUUUUAGAAGUAUAAUGUGCCAGUGAGUCGUGUGAUUAUAAAGUGUGCGGGAAUAUCCUUUGACAUGAGUUGUGAGUAUCGUGUUUACUAAGGGAGUUCUUACAUGUUCGGGGCGCCAGAAACCAACCCAUCGAGAAUACAACCGCCAACAGCUUCAACACACAUGAAGGAAGAACCUCUGCAGCAGACGACAGGGCAGCCUGCCCCAAUUAGAAACUGGAUGCAGCCUACAGUCGUCGACCAGGGUGGGGGAAGUGUUGGGUUCGGACGAGCACACUUUGAGAAACAACCCCCAAGCAAUCUACGGAAAAGCAACUUCUUUCAUUUUGUUUUGGCCUUGUACGAUAGACAAGGCCAGCCUAUUGAAGUAGAACGAACAGCCUUCAUAGAUUUUGUUGAGAAAGAUACAGUAAGUCUACAGGAACCUGAGGGACCAAAGACAAAUAAUGGAAUCCACUACAGAUUACAGCUCCUUUUCGCAAAUGGAGCUCGGCAAGAGCAGGACCUAUAUAUUCGCCUCAUUGACUCCGUCGGAAAAGGGGCAAUCGUUUACGAGGGCCAAGAUAAAAACCCAGAGAUGUGCCGGGUACUUCUCACACACGAGGUGAUGUGUAGCCGUUGCUGUGAUAAGAAGAGCUGUGGUAACAGAAAUGAAACCCCUUCAGACCCCGUCAUCAUAGACAGAUUUUUCUUAAAGUUUUUCAUGAAAUGCAAUCAAAAUUGUCUAAAAAAUGCCGGAAAUCCACGGGACAUGAGGCGCUUCCAGGUGGCCGUUUGUUCCACGAUGUCGGUUGAGGGUCCCCUGUUAGCUGUUUCAGAUAACAUGUUUGUGCACAACAACUCUAAACACGGCCGGCGAGCUAGACGGCUAGACCCAACGGAAGGAGAUGCUUGGUUUCUGGCAGACUCUUAUGGCAGAUUCUCUAAGUAUCCCCGGGACACAGCCAUUCUUACGACACCUUGUAUCAAAGCCAUCUGUCCCAGUGAAGGAUGGACAACAGGAGGGACAACCGUCAUCAUAAUAGGAGACAACUUUUUCGACGGCCUUCAGGUGGUGUUUGGGACCAUGCUUGUUUGGAGCGAGUUGAUAACGUCCCACGCUAUCCGUGUACAGACACCUCCUAGACACAUACCUGGGGUCGUGGAAGUUACCCUGUCCUACAAAUCUAAACAGUUCUGUAAAGGCGCACCAGGACGCUUUGUCUACACAACUCUCGCUGAUCCCACCAUAGAUUACGGCUUCCAAAGAUUGAUGAAACUGGUCCCAAGACAUCCGGGCGACCCUGAAAGGCUUCCUAAGGAGAUAAUUCUGAAGCGAGCUGCAGACUUAGCUGAGGCAUUGUACAGUAUGCCACGAAACCACAACCAACUUUCACUUCCGCCUCCCCGCUCCCCGGCCAUGAAUAAUGGCUCACCUAUGUCCAGUUUUAAUUCAUACGCCGGUCAGCUAGCGGUCAGUGUACAAGAUACCAAUGGCCAAUGGGAAGAAGGUUACACAAGAGGCCAAGCGUCAAGCGUUUCUCCGAGAGGAUACGGCUCAAACGGUUCCACGCCCCAUAGCAACGGAAGUAGUUAUAGCUCAACAGCCAUGAAUGGCUACCACAGUGGAAGUCUGGGAAAUAUGGGAAUGAGCAGUAUAGUGACGUCACCUUUCUCAGCUGUUAAUCCCUUCGCUCUACCGACGUGUAAUGGUCAAACGUACGGCAGCUCUUUAAUAUCAUCGGCAAAAUGAUCUUAGCCCGUUGCUACCUAGCAACCAACUAUUACGACAUACCCCAAAAUGGACCAGAAUGUGAGGGACGACGUCCAAAUUACGACAUUAUAUCUUUACGGAACAUUUGCUGAAUGGGAGAUUGAUGUCGUAAAUGUUUUUUGUGCAGAAAGUGAUUCUUCUUAGACAAAAGGAUGUCGUAGUAUACUCAGAACCUUUUCAGUCUUGAAUGUGGGGUGUCCUACGCUAAUGCACGGGCUAGCCUAUAUACAGAUUGUUGAUUUGCAGAAAAGGACCGUGAACAAGUUUUGUGUGAGCAUUUCCAUCAUAUCACAUGGUCAAUCACGUGUGAAAGGAAAGAAUUGUUUCAAACAAAAAUGCCUUAAUAUAAAUUGCUCAUUUUACUUAACAGGGAUAUAGUCGUGUGUGACCAGUGUGUUGACACUUUAAGUCUUCUAAGAUGACACAGGUUUUAAUUUUAUUUUAAAUUUACUUGGGCCUCCAAUCAUCAUCUCCACUGAUCACAAUGCAGUUCUCGUCUGAAGUCACGUGGCUGCAUCGAGACUUUGUUUAAACAUGUCGGCCAGCGUCUCAACAUUGCAUCACUAUAUAGUUCACAAAUUUCAUAGACUAAAAGACUUGUGUUUUUGUGGAAGGAUGCUAACUAACAGUGCUGUGAAUAUGUUUUCAUGGACUUUAUUUAAAUGUGAUAAUAUGGAUAUACAGAUAGUGUAUUUCCAGUUUCUGUUUUUUUUAUAAUUAUUUACUCACUAUUGAAACAGAUGAAUUGCGUUUUAUGAUUAUAUUAAUACUUACAUGUUAAACUUAAACCGAUUUCUAUAUUUAUUUAUAAGUUUAUCUUCAUCUAGUCAACUUCUAUAUUGUUCUGUAUAUUUCUAGUCAUUAUUGGUAGGAUUCAAGUAGGAUUUCAUUUUUACUACAUGUUAUAUUUCAAAAUUAAUUUUAUAUUUAUUUUUCAAUUCUGUAUAAUUAUUAUACACGUUUACCCCCAUGGUGAGCAAACAUUCUUAUAUUUCAGUCAAAAUAACCUAAGUUUAUAUAAGUACGGGUAUCGCAUAGAAAUUUAGAAAUACCCUUACCGUACUUUUAUUCAUACAACAAGCGAAAUUCAGGGCAGAUUUAAAAAGAUUUUCUUUUUAAUUUGACCGAAGUCUGUAAUAUUUGAUACUUUUAAGGCCUAGAUUAUUCCAGAAAAGCAAACUAUGACACAUAUUGAUGUAAAAGGUUGUUGUUUCUUAUCUUUAGAAAUUGGUUUGUAAUAAGUGUUAAUUAUAUAUUCUAGUCGGAAAAAGAUAAGUCUUUAUCAGCCUUUCCUGCUCAAUACUCGCACAAACAGUGAUCAACUCAUUUGUGUGCCAAAUUCAUAGUUUGGACUGUUAAAAACAUAUUUGUACAUUGGAACCUCGUUAAUCCGUAUCACUUUAAUCUGGACUCCAGUAUUCCGGAAACCUCAUGAUCCGGACGCAAAUAUAUAGUAUUGUAUUUGCCUUCAUUAAUUCAGAAAAGUAUAGUGUAAUCUAAUUUAUACAAGACACAUUCGGAUUAACAAGGUUCGGAUUAAGAAGGUUCCAUUGUAUCACUAUUUACGUCGAUAAUUGUUAUUGCUUGUUUAAAUCUUUUUUCUUUCAUUUAUUUUUUGAAUACGACUUUUAAAUGUACUUUUCAAAGAUACGUCUUUCUACUUCAAGUUCUAUUCUUUCGAAUGUUUCUGCUUUUUACACAUUCUGUUGAACUGUUGUGAAAACAUUAAGCUAGUCUGUAUGUGUGUCUGUAGUCCUUAAAACCUGUGUUUUAUUAAUCUUUACGUGAAUGUAUUAUCCACUUAUUUGAUGUAAGUACUUUCUUGAGGUGAUUGUAAAGAACAUUUCCACUGGAAACUAUCAAAUAUUUCACUUGGUUGAAUAGUAGAUCUUUAAGUCUAGAAAAAAAUACAUAGUCUGAAAACAGAAAUUUUAGCAAUUUAAGUAGUAUGCACAUUAAAUUAUUUCUAGACAGAAAAUAAAAGUUUAGGUUGAAAAAUUUGCCACAUGUUUAUUUUUUAUGAAAUUUAAGUAUCUAGUCAUUAGACAUGCUGGCCUCUGAACUCUCUAGUGAGGGAGGUGAGAAAAUGUCGUACGUAUAGUGUUUAUCUGUCCUUCCGUCCGAAUGGAACAAAUAUCUGCUUAAAUUUGAAAUAAAUGAUAACCAUACAGUGUGUUUUUUCAAAGAUGAAUUCACGGUAAGUUAUUAUCUACAUUUCUUUCUUAAAAGGGAAACAACUCUCGUGUUCUUUUUGUUUUGCUCAGAUGAACUUGUUUUUAUUGACAUUUACACAAAAAUUCAUCAGCAUCUAUCGUACGUUUGUAAGUCACUUAGCAUAGUAAACUAUAACUGUUUUGCCUAAAUCGAUAAAACCUAAAUUAUGAAGUCAUAUUUUUCUACACGUCAUAUUAAAAAUAAAAGAAACUCUGUCACAUUAUAUUCAAAAUUGAACAAUUGUAAACCUACAUGUGAAACAUUAACUGAUUGCAGAAUAAAAUAUGAUUUGACCUCAUUUAUAACGUUCAAUGCCGAUGACUCCCGAACAGCAAACAAGCCUGCGUUCGUUGUAUAUCAAAUAGAAAUUAUGCUGAAUAUUAAUUUGAUCUCUUGAUCGUUAUCAGAUCUGACCUAUUAAUGAAAGUUCAUAUAUACCAUCCAGAUCGACAAAAAACAUAUUUUUUACGAUUAACUAAUUUCAUGAUGAUAAUGGUUUGUUGGAAAUGUGUUCUAUGGUAUUAUAGAUGCAUGUUCAAUUCGCUAUUUCAAAAAAAA